UAGUCUUCUACUAGUAGAUGUGGAAUCCUCCAAUUUAAUGAAAUCUCUCAUUGUUGACAGAAGAAAGAACAUUUGUAAGCACAUUAAAUUGCUAAUUCCUACAUUAAAAGCAAAACAGUGCUAUCAUCGUAUAACCCACUUCCCAGCCUACACCAAAGAAAUAGGAACUUUUAGAACUAGCGAGUGACUUUGUCUAUGCCUACUAUUGCCUACGCCCAUCCUCUGUCAUAAACAGAAAUGAAAACUCGUCGAACACCACAUAUCACAAGAUCAAAAUUUCCAUCAGACGGUCACAAUUCAAUUUUUACUGUUCAAACUCUCAACUAAACUUGGCCCUACUAAAGCCACUUUCUGUGAUUCAGUCGCACUCCCAAUUCUCGAAGUCUAGUUCCCAUUUCCAGAACCCGUCAACCAUGUCCGAUCAUCACCACCACCAUCAGCACCGUCCUCACCGCCUCUCCCUCCCUCCACGGACCACUAUCUUUUCCUCCUCAACAUCAACAGCCACCACCACAAGACCUUAUCCUACCUAUUCAUAUCUCUCUACACCAACACCAACACCAUCAAAGCAACGUCUUCCAUCUUCACUUUCACUUGCAUCAAAAACAUCAUCAAAGUCAUCGCUUUCUUUUCUCUUUCUCCUUCUGUUCUCUCUCCGAUCUCUUUACUCUCUCCUUCCUUUCCUUCAAUCCUCCCCUCCUUCUUUCUCUCUCUUCCCUUUUUCUUUCCUUGUCUCUCUCCUCUCUUUCCUUCUCUCUCUUUCUUUCUCUCUCCUCCCUUCUCAAUCAUACCCGAAAUACUCUUUCAACUUCAAGAAUAAUUAUAAUAAUUACAACCAACCCAUUUUCUCUAUCUUUUCAAUUUCAUUAUCCCAACACAAGCUUCUACUUUCUAAAUCACUCCUCCUUGCUGUGGUUUUCCUAUUAAGAUUUCAAGCUCUUCGCUUUUGCGGCACUGCUGCUAUGAUUCUUGCUGAAUUAUCCGGUAAUGUCGCCGCUCGAUUCGUUACUGAGUUCAAAAGGCCUAAUGGGACUUCUGGGUUUUUGUUGCUUUUUACUGGGUUGUCUUUUUUAUCAAUUAGUUGGGAUCGGAUUGAUUGUUUUCCAUUUUCGACUUCGUUUAUUGAUAAAUAUGGAUUUACUCUGUUUCCUAGAGAGAAAUGCGUUAGGAUUUGGUCCAUGUUGUUGCCUUUUUCAUCUGGAUUUUUAGGGUGCUAUGAACGUGUUUCAAUGAAUUGGGGUACUAUUAGGCAAUUGGGUUUGAAAAGGGUAAGAUUGGUUUCGUUGUUCUAUACAACUGUGUUGCUGUUCAUUCCUGCUGUUGUGAGUUUUAUCAUGUUUGAAAGGGGUAAUGAUGGUGUUUCUAUUGCGAAUUUUGGUUGGCCAUUAGCUAAUACUGUUGUAUUUGGAGUUCUUUUGAGUGAGAAUUAUAGUGAAGAUAAGCUAGUGUAUUCUAAAGAUUUACAGAGAGAGUUUUUAGUUACAUUUGUUUGUACAAUUCUUUUGGAGCUGUUUUAUUUUCCGGAGCUGUCACUUUGGGGUCUUUUUUUAUGUGGACUACUGUUGUAUUUUGCUGUUAGAAAGUUGGACCCUUUUUAUUGGAACUAUCUUCAAUUGGGACUGGAAUCAUCAGAGCCACUUAGUUCUUCUAUUAUGAAGCCUAUCCGACAUAUUGUGAGUGAGAGAAAAUCUCGCAAGAUUGCUCUUUUUCUAUUGAUUAAUACUGGUUAUAUGGUGGUUGAGUUUGUUGCUGGGUUUAUGAGCAAUAGUCUUGGAUUGAUUUCAGAUGCUUGUCAUAUGUUGUUUGACUGUGCUGCUUUGGCGAUUGGUUUAUAUGCUUCUUAUAUUUCUCGUUUGCCUGCGAAUAAUCAGUUUAAUUAUGGUCGUGGGAGGUUUGAGGUUCUUUCAGGAUAUGUUAAUGCUGUAUUACUAGUUCUUGUUGGGGCACUAAUUGUGUUGGAGUCUCUUGAGCGAAUUUUGGAUCCACAAGAGAUAUCAACUAAUAGUUUGUUAACUGUUUCAAUUGGAGGGCUUGUAGUGAAUAUUGUUGGUUUGAUCUUCUUCCAUGAGGAGCAUCAUCAUGCACAUGGUGGUUCUGGGUCAUGCUCACAUUCUCAUCCCCAUUCUCAUUCUCACUCUCACCAGCAUACACAUGUUCUUGAAGGUCCUGACGAAAAGCAUCACAAGUGUAUCUCUGUUUCCUAUGACUGCCAGGAGAAGACAUUGAUUAGCCACUGUGACCAUCUUGAACACCAUCAGUGUGAUCAUGAUGAUCAUGACCAUACUCAUCAUGAUGACCAUGGUAACCAGUCUCACCACCAUCACAACCAUCAUGACCACUCUCCCCUUCAUGAACCCUGUGACCACCAUCAUCAUGAUCAUACUCAUCAUGAUGACCAUGGUAACCAGUCUCACCACCAUCACAACCAUCAUGACCACUCUCCCCUUCAUGAACCCUGUGACCACCAUCAUCAUGAUCAUGACCAUGGAAAUUUCCUUCAAUCCCAUACCCACACUCACCAUUCAGAAACAGAAAGUAAUUUCUCUUUGGAAAACAGUGGUUUCCAACAAAGAAAUCUGGUAUCUGAUGAAGAGCAAUCACAAAAUCGCCAACAUCACCACAUUGACCACAAUAUGGAGGGAAUAUUUUUGCAUGUUUUGGCAGAUACGAUGGGAAGUGUUGGAGUUGUUAUGUCUACCCUCCUUAUCAAAUAUAAAGGAUGGCUGGUUGCUGAUCCUGCUUGCUCAAUAUUCAUUUCCGUUUUGAUUGUAUCUUCUGUUAUUCCAUUACUCAGGAACUCUGCAGAAAUUCUUCUCCAAAGAGUUCCUAGGGCUCAUGAGAAGGACCUGAGAGUAGCUUUGAAUGAUGUUAUGAAGAUAAAGGGGGUACAUGGAAUUCGGAAUUUUCAUGUUUGGAGCUUUACUAACACAGAUGUUGUUGGGACAAUGCAUCUCCAUGUCUCAGCAGAAACUGACAAGGAUUCUAUGAAGGAUCGGACUUCACACAUAUUUCAUGAUGCUGGAAUCAAGGAUUUGACAGUGCAGGUAGAGUGCAUCAAGUGAUGAGCAUAGUCAAUUUUGAGGCUGAUUUCAUCUUCCUCAAACACUUGAGGUGCAAAUGCAAAUAUCACCGGAAGUUGCUGCUAAACUCUUGGCUUGAUGCUGUACUAUUUCUCUUAUGGAGCUUCGGUAGCUCUGGCACUUUGUUCAAGAGAAGAAUUUUGUCAAGCACUAGUAAGGCUUCGUGUUUUGCUGGAUUUAAAAUCAGCAAUUAACUUCUGUUCAUAAAGGAUAAGGAUGAUGGGUUAUGCGGUUGAUCAUAAUGUAACUAUGCAGAAAUAUAUGAACAGAAAAUGCGGGGAUAUGACUUCUCAGCGUUCUAUUUAUACUUGAAUCUCAGUAGAUUUGUGUUAUGAUUUUGUGAUUUGACUUGAACCAAAAGAAUAGAGGAUUUCUCAUUCAAUUUUCCUUUUGUUAA